AUGUAUAAAUCCUUAAAAUAUGUUGGAUUAGAUGAACUGGGCAAGAAUAUUGGUAUCAUUGGCUUUGAUGAACUUGGUAACGUGGCUAUUAAAUUUGCUAAGGCUUUUGGAGCUAAAGUGACAGUAAUUAGUACUUCUUCUGCCAAGAAGGAAGCGACUUUGUUAGAAAUUCACACCCAAACAAACCAACACGAAAACAAAGCUAGAGACGAAGCAGAGGAGGAAGAGAUAAUGAAGCAACAAAAUACUCUGCAACUUUAG